GCCGCUUCUGAGCUCAAGACUUUGUUUGAUCGCAAGCCCGAGAUUGAUACCUGGAGCGACGAUGGAGCGCCUGUUCCGGAGAUGGAAGGUAAUAUCGAGCUCCGCGACUAUGUUGCACUUGUUGGGCCUUCUGGAUGCGGAAAGAGUACUACCAUCAGCUUGAUCGAGCGCUUUUAUAAUCCACUUGCCGGUGGUGUCUACGUUGACGGCCGUGAAAUCUCUACCUUAAACAUUAACCAGUACCGCAAGCACCUCGCCCUCGUCAGCCAAGAACCAACUCUCUACCAAGGCACCAUUCGCGAGAACAUCCUCCUCGGCGGUGACCGCAACGACAUCACUGAUGAUGAGAUCACUGCCGCUUGCAAGUCCGCGAAUAUCUAUGACUUCAUCCAAUCCCUCCCGGAGGGCUUCCAGACUGUUUGCGGUUCCAAAGGUGCUCUCCUCUCUGGUGGACAGAAGCAACGAAUUGCCAUCGCCAGAGCUCUCAUCAGAAACCCGAAGGUUCUACUCUUGGACGAAGCUACAUCCGCCUUGGAUUCCGAGUCCGAGAAGGUUGUGCAGCAGGCACUUGAUACCGCCGCAAAAGGACGAACAACUGUGAGCGUUGCCCACCGUCUAUCCACUAUCAAGCACGCAGAUUGCAUCUAUGUCUUUGAUGCCGGACGAAUUGCCGAGAGCGGAAGCCACUCGGAGCUCAUGGCUAAGCGUGGAAAAUACUACGAGCUGGUCAACCUCCAAUCACUCGGGAAAAACAAUUAGCCUAGCAUUUGCACCAUGUGGUAGUUUCCCACUUGCCACCACCUUCUCCCCGUCCCUUCCUUCGUCAUAUCUUUUUUCCUUAACUAAUGGUGGACAUGAUAUCUUUUGGUUCUUUUAAUCUCCAUUUUGGCUUUUCUCGAGUUUUUUUUUUUUUCCACACUCCCAAAAAUCUUUUUCAAUUCAAAUGCCUUAUUACUAUUAUUGUGGCGGGUAGAGAUCUCUUUUCUUUCUCCUGUUUUUAUUUGUUGGCGUUUUGGUCCCGUAGAUUUUUUUCCUCGCUAUUUGUAAGGUAUGAGUACUGUACACAGUACACACUUGUAUGGAUGAUUACGAUUGUUGUCGCGGCGGAAUUUUUAACAGAUUGGGUAGGCGUUUGAUGGACAUUAGUUAACCAAGUCCCGGAAAACAAGAGAUUUUGUCAAGGUGUGGAGUUGUGGGUUCUUGGUGGGUGCCUCGCGCCAUACUGGGCUGUAGUACCGGUAGUACAAAUCUGGAAACACAAUACCGGUACCGGUAUCAUAUGUACUCACAUUUAAGAUGAUGGAACGUGGCACAAGUA